GAUGUGAUCCGUGCUACGCAGCAAUAUCCUCAACUUCUGCAGUUCCGCCGGGGGCGCUCUACGUCUGCUAAUCUCAACGCAGCACUCCUCAAUCUCCCUGCCACCAAUGUAACCACCAUUGACAAUGGUCUGCGUGUUGCCACGGAGGAUUCCGGAGCACCAACAGCCACAGUUGGGUUGUGGAUUGAUGCUGGCUCGCGCUAUGAGAGCAACAGCAACAACGGUGUAGCUCACUUCCUGGAGCACAUGGCCUUCAAGGGCACCUCUAAGCGUUCCCAAACUGACCUGGAACUCGAAGUGGAGAACCUCGGAGCACACUUGAAUGCCUACACAUCCCGCGAGCAGACUGUCUUCUACGCCAAAUGCCUGUCCAAAGAUGUCCCCAAGGCCGUUGAGAUUCUCGCUGAUAUCAUUCAGAACUCCAAGCUGGGUGAGGGUGAGAUUGAGCGUGAGCGCGGAGUAAUUCUGCGGGAGAUGCAGGAAGUUGAGAGCAAUCUGCAGGAGGUUGUGUUUGAUCAUCUCCACGCCACGGCGUUCCAGGGAACUCCCCUUGGGAAUACCAUUCUGGGCCCGACGAAGAAUAUCAAGUCAAUUGGCCGUCAGGAUUUGCAGGAUUACAUUUCGACGCACUACAAGGCAGCUAGGAUUGUCCUGGCCGGUGCUGGUGGUGUGAAGCACGAGGAACUCGUGAGCUUGGCCAAUAAGGAGCUGGGAAAGAUUCAGAAUACCUACGACGGGAAGAUUCCCAAGCUAGACCCAUGCAGAUUCACUGGGUCUGAAAUCCGUGUGCGCGAUGAUUCUAUUCCUCUGGCUCAUGUGGCUAUCGCUGUGGAGGGAUGCGGAUGGCCAGAUCAGGACAAUGUACCCCUAAUGGUGGCCAAUACACUCAUCGGGACAUGGGAUCGUUCUCAGGGUGGUGGCGUGAAUAAUGCUUCAAACUUGGCACGUGCCAGCGCUGAGAGUGGCCUCUGCCACAGCUUCCAAUCCUUCAACACCUGCUACAAGGACACCGGUCUCUGGGGCAUCUACUUUGUCUGCGAUCCCCUCAAGUGCGAGGAUAUGCUCUUCAAUGUCCAAAGUGAAUGGAUGAGGUUGUGCACGAUGGUCACGGAUAGUGAGGUGGACAGAGCGAAGAACCUCCUCAAGACCAACAUGCUCCUCCAGCUUGAUGGGACAACGCCCAUUUGUGAAGACAUCGGCAGGCAAAUGCUGUGCUACAACCGACGAAUUCCCCUCCAUGAAUUGGAAAAGAGAAUUGACAGCGUCAAUGCAGACAAUGUUCGCGAUGUAGCAAUGAAGUACAUCUACGAUCGUUGCCCAGCCGUUGCAGCUGUGGGUCCUGUUGAGAAUCUACCAGAAUACAAUCGCAUUCGAUCAUCAAUGUACUGGUUGAGACUCUAAAGAGGUGGUGAGGGGAUGCAGAGGCAAAAAUAAAUCGAUUGUGUCUCUAGUUUAGCUGAUUAAAUGAAAUAAAAAGAAAAUGAAGAAAGAACGUACAUUUAAAUAAAUUAUCCUUAAAAUGUUCAA